AUCUAAUGUCAAUAUCAGAUAUAUCUUGUUUAUUUAUGCUUAGUUGUAAUUUAAUUAACCUUCAUAUGACAUAUUCGGGAAAUGAAUGAUAUUAUUUUAAAAUCAAAAAUAGCACAAACUGCAACGGUCAUAUUUUUGCAUGGGUUAGGCGAUACAGGGUAUGGAUGGUCAAGUCAGUUUCAAGAAAUGAUUUCUCCUCAUAUUAAAUACUUGUUUCCAAAUGCCCCCAUAAUUUCAGUGACCUUAAAUGCAGGAUCUAAGAUGCCAUCUUGGUUUGAUUUAUAUGGUUUGUCCAUGAUAGAAAAAGAAGAUGAAAUUGGCAUUAAAGAAGCAGCCUAUUCUAUUCAUGAUAUGAUAGACAAAGAAAUCGAAAAUGGUAUACCUUCAAAAAGAAUAAUUUUAGGAGGAUUUUCACAAGGCGGAGCAUUGGCCUUAUAUUCAGGAUUUACUUAUAAGAAACCAUUAGCAGGAAUAAUAGCAUUAAGUGCUUGGCUUCCACUUCACAAAUCAUUUCCACAGGAACUAUCAGCGGAGAAUAAAGAUAUUCCUAUAUUCCAGGCCCACGGCAAAAUGGAUAAUGUAGUAAAUUACCAUUUUGGGCAAAGAACACACGACGAAAUUAAAAAAUUUAAUCCAAAUAUACAAUUGCAUAGUUACCCAAUUGAACAUAGAUCAGAUGAAAAAGAAAUGGAAGAUGUUAAAAAAUUUAUCUCCGAAAAAUUACCUUAAUUUUUGCAUUUUAUAUUAUUUUUUUACCAAAAUUUAUAAUAUUUAUUAACUGAAUAUUUUUAUAUAGUCAUUGGAAAAAAUUAUAAUAUUAAAUAUUUUGAUUACAUGUUAUAAUUAAAAAUAAUAUACCUCGUUACACAUAAUAUUUC